ACUGAUGCGCACAUGACAGUUUCUGACAUUUUGCUCGUUGAUUAGGUCAGCAGACGCGUUCCCCCAAUUAAAGACGACGACCAAUACACAGUGGACUAAUUCAUCGACAUGAAAAAACAGAAGAUUGCCAGAUAGAACGCCAUCGAAGACAAACAGUUCAGGCCACCCAAGACUGACCAGCAGGUUACGUAAAUGUUUUAAAUGGCGAAUAAAUGCACCUCCUUUUCAAUUCAUAACAUAUUAAACCGAGGAAGUGAGUCCGAGGGAAAUACCUGUCUUGAUGAGGACGCAGAUGAACGGGCGAGCGGGGACAGAGAGGCUCGGGACUGCUCCGGUUCAUCUCUGUCGGUGCGAGCCGAGAGCGCAGAGAGGCGCAUCUCUUCCUGCGUGCUUGUGCUAGACUCUUCAUCAUCCUCGGACCAGAAUUCAUGCGAGGAAGAAUCUACAGGGGAAGACACAUCUCAACCAGAAAGACGACACGAUCACGAUAUUGAUCGAGAGAAGUCCCAGAGCUGUAACUUCGGAGACAAUAAUUCCAAAUCGAGUAAGAAAAGGUCCCGUGCCGCCUUCUCCCACGCGCAGGUGUACGAGCUGGAGAGGCGCUUUCACCUGCAGCGCUACCUGUCCGGACCAGAGCGCGCGGACCUGGCAGGAGCUCUCAAAUUGACCGAGACGCAGGUGAAAAUAUGGUUCCAGAACAGGAGAUACAAAACCAAACGGCGACAAAUGGCGGCCGAGCUUGCGACAACUCCCACGACAACCCUGGCGAAGAGAGUGGCGGUGAAGGUGCUUGUGAACAACGACCAGAGGCAAUACAGCGCCGAGGACCUCCUCAGUGCCCCUGUUCAUCCCUUACACCCAUCAUUCCCUUACUAUCCGUAUAUGUUUUGCUUUCAGCCGUGGACCUCAGGAAACACUUUAAGUGGUGGCUUGUACUGAAUUACUGGAGUUACGUACAAUACAGCCAAAGUGCGUUUAUGAAAAACAACGCAAACAAAACCAUAUUUUUCCAACAGGAUUAUAAAUACUGAACGUGUCCAAAGAAGCAAACGGAGAAGGACACAAUGUGAUGCACUGAAUUAAGACGAUCAAGCCAAAGAUUAAAAAUUCGCUCAGUAGAAAUUUUGGCAACAUUUCUUGUAAUUUUUAAUGGUGUACAAUGGCCAUAAAAGUAUGAAAAAGCUUGAGCCAAAUGCACUUAAAAUUGUAAUAAUUACAUUGCAUUAGAUGAGAAAAUACCAAACCAAAGACUGUCAUUGGCAAAACAAUUGAUGCAGGACUACCUUCUUAUUUCUUAGACAUUUUGGGGUUUACUUUAACCCAGUUGUUCCUAAGGUAAGAUUUAGUGGAUGUAUGAAGUCCACACAGGUGUUUUUGUUAAAAUAUCAUCUAAUGCAAUUUAUACAUUUUAAAUCUAAAAGUGCCUCAUUAGUUUUUUAGGGCCUGUGUAUAUAAUGUGAUAUGAUAUGAGUGUGUUUGGAGAGGUUUUUUAGGCUUUGUUCUUGCUUCAAGUUUUUCUUUAUGUCAAUCACCAGGGAAAGUUUAACACAAAUCUUUUGUGUACUGUAAUACAGCCUGUGCACUUGAAAUGUCUUAAAAUGUGUCAGCAACCCACUGUUCCAAUUCAUUGUCUAAGUUUUAUUCAGUCUCAAAGCGCAGGUGGUAUAGAAGAACACAGGUUCAAUAAAGAUUGUAGAGCAAACAGGGAAAAAUGUGGUACGUGUGAGAAAAGCUAACCACAAUAGUACAAAUCUUAAUGGGUGUUUGUCAACAUGUUUUACUAUGACUGUAGGGCAAACAUUAAAGAGGAAACGGAGAUCGAAAAGACUGUUGACAGGAGUUCAUGUACAUACAAAUAAAAAGCAAAUGAAAUACCU